CUCUUCAGUCAAAGCCAAUCCAGUAGAUAAUAUCACCACUACCACCAACAAAAACACAAAAAACAUCAUGGGGUUCUUUACCAAAAAUAAUGACUCCGAUACAAAGUCUCAGUCUGAAUUUGCCGAGUCCGAGAAGCAUCUCCCAGCAGUCAAUGACUUAGGAUUUGUGGACUCCAGCUCGGUAGACUUUGAAGACCGUGAAUAUUUCCCAGAAUACGCUGAUGAAUACAACCCAGCCGGUUUGGCCAUGGCUACUGCUCAGGAUAAAAAGGCAUACAGAAACGUGACGACGAGACCAACUCUUGCAGCCAUGAUGAUUUUGAUCUGUGAAUUCGCAGAAAGAGGUUCAUAUUACGGUGUCCAGGGUAUUUUGACCAACUUCAUCAUGAGAUCUUUGCCUGAGGGCUCCAGAACAGGUAGAGUCAUGCCAGGCAAGAACGGUAACGCCGGUGCUUUGGGAUUGGGUUUGCAGGAUGCAAACGCUUUGGUCAUGUUGUUGCAGUUCUUAGCCUACGUCAUGCCGCUAGUCGGUGGUUAUCUUGCAGAUGACAGAUGGGGUAAGUUCAAAACCAUCAUGAUUGGUGUCUGGAUUGGUAUCAUCUCCCAUAUUUUGUUCAUUAUCGCCGCCCUUCCUCCUGUCAUUGCCAAAGGUCAAGCUGCUAUGGCUCCAACCGUCCUUGGUAUUCUCUCCUUGGCUGUGUGUACCGGUUUCAUAAAGGCUAACUUAUUGCCCUUAAUGCUCGAUCAGUAUCCUUACAGAACAAACGUCUUGAAAAAGCUGCCAACCGGUGAAAUCGUCUACAUUGACAGGGAUGCCUCCAUGCAAACUUUGACCAUGAUCUUCUAUUGGUGCAUUAACAUUGGUGCUUUCUUGCAAAUCGCUACCUCCUAUUCGGCAAAGGAUGUUGGUUACUGGUUAGCCUUUUUGUGUCCAGGUAUUAUGUACUGUAUUGUCGUGAUUGCCAUGUUGUUUGUCCGUCCACACCUUAAGCCAGAGGUUCCACAAGGUUCCAUCUUAAAGAAACUCUUCCAGGUUCUAAAGGUUUGCUUGAAGGGUAACUGGAUCAAGAGAUUAAAGAACAAGGAAUUCUGGUCUUACGCUUACCCAACCAACAUGAAUGAAAGAGGGGAGUUUUUCAUGAACACAAAAAAACAGAUCCCAAUCGACUGGACCGAACAAGAAGUCAGGGAUUACAAGUCAACAUUGACUCAAUGUACUAUGUUCAGUUUCUGGGUCAUCUUCAACUUAAGUGACUCUGGAUUAGGCUCUACUUUGACUGCACAGGCCGGUGCCAUGACUUCCAAGGGUAUUCCAAACGAUUUCUUCAACAACUUCAAUCAAAUUACCAUUGUCGCUGCCAUCCCAAUUCUCGAUUAUGCUAUCUACCCAUUACUCAAAAAGAUGAACAUCAACUUCAAACAAGUUCACAAGAUCUUCCUUGGUUUCAUGCUCGCUGCAUGCGCCUCCAUGGUUUCGGCAAUCUUACAAUGGAGAAUCUACCAAACCUCACCAUGUGGCUACUACGCAACUAAUUGUGACAACCCUUCGCCACUAACCGCAUGGUACGAAAUUAUUAACUACGGUUUGUGUGCAUUGGGUGAAUGUUUCUGCAUGACUACUGCCUACGAAUUGGCAUAUACUAGAGCCCCAGAUAAUGCUAAGGGUCUAAUUACAGCCUUGUUCUUGUUCAACAGUGCUAUCUCUUCGGCCAUCUCAGAAGGUGUCUCCGGAGCAUUGGUCGAUCCAAACUUGAUCUGGCCGUUCACGGGUAUUGCUGCUGCAGGUGGUUUCUGCGCGAUUGUAUUUUUAGUCGUGUACUGGAACUUGGACAAGACCAUUGAGAGGGAAACUGCAGAAAGAGAAGCCUCGAGACUUGCCGGCUCAAGUCCAUCAGUAGGUAGACACUAUACUUUUUUCUUUCCACUUUCAUCCUUUUGUUUUCCUCGAUUUUGUUUCGACGCUAAUUUUUUCGUAUGUAUAACUUCAAUACUUUACUUCUCCUUCUUACCAUCCCCUAGCCCGUUGCUUUCAAAGCUGCAAAACUUCUUGGUACACCGCUGUACCGUCCCUUAUCCGCGCACGUAAUCCGAC